AUGGCAAUAUGUGUGGCUCAAUCUGAAGAUAUAUGUGAGAUCCAAUGUAUAGAUAUCUCUGAAGGCAUGGAUUCUGAAGAGGAUACUACAAAAAGCCAUAUUCUUGAUAGCAGUAAAUAUAAAGAAGAAUUAGAUCUGGGUACUAAAACAACUGGUCCUAUGCAACCUAUAUUAGAUUCCUAUCCAUAUAUUGGAAUGGGUAAAGAUAAACGAUGCUUUCAAACUCAGUGGUACAAAUCCUUUCCCUGGAUUGAAUAUAGCAUAACCAGAAACUCUAUUUUUUGUUUUCCAUGUCGUAAUUUUCCCACUCAACCUCAAAAAGGAUACCUUAUUAAUCAAGGUUAUCAAAAAUUUCGUAAGGUAAAAGAAUACUUAACAACUCACGGAGCAACAAAUGGUCAUGCAAUGAAUGUAAUUCUCUGGAACCAUUUUAAACAAUUUUUGAUAGAAGGCACCAUUAAAGAAAAAUUUAUAGCUCUAACUAAAUCAACAAUACUUGAAAGAAGAGAAUAUUUGAAACGAUUAUUCAAAAUUAUAAUACUAUGUGGUAAGUUGGAACUUCCCCUUAGAGGUCAUUAUGAAAGUAAGACAAGCAAUAAUCAAGGAAAUUAUUGUGAAAUAUUAAACUGUUUGAAAGAGUAUGAUCCAUUUUUAAUAGCAUAUAAACCACCAGGCAAUGCUCAUUAUUGUUCACCUCAAUCACAAAAUCAAAUGCUAUCUGCAGCUGGAAACUUAGUCGUAAAGUACAUAGCAUCAGAAAUAAGGGAGGCAGGCUAUUUUGCUGUCAUGGCUGAUGACACUCGUGAUGUUAGCUCAUAUGAGCAAUUUAGUAUAUGUGUUAGAUAUGUUGAUAAAACAAAAACACCAAAGGAAUCUUUUAUACCUUUUCAAAAAGUUGAAGACUUAGAUGCAGAGUCAUUAACGAAGACAUUAAUAACAACCUUAAACAACAAUUCCAUAAAUGCAAUUUGCGUUGCUCAAGCAUAUGAUGGUGCAAGUGUUAUGAAAGGGCAUCUUUCAGGAGUCCAGGAAAGAUAUCGCCAAAAUCACAAAAUGGCUAUAUAUGUGCACUGCUAUGCGCAUAAACUCAACCUUGUACUGAUCUCUGCCUGCAAAUCAGUACCUCAAUCUAGAAAGUUUUUUAAUGUAUUAGAAGAUGACGAUAACGCCACGACCUUACUUCAUAAUUUACCAGAUGACAUAUUUUCAAAAUUAAAAUCGAUAUGCACUGAAUCCGAUCUCAAGAAAUCGUCGAUACUCAUCAACAAACUUAGAUUAUUACAGCCUGCCAAGAUUCGAAACAAAAAAAUUACCGAAUUCAAUGCAGCGGUUCAAAAAGAGAGAGAAUUUUUUAAAUUGGGUUACCCGUAA